AUGGAAGAAAGAGAAAAUUCAAGGCCCAUGAAAGAUAGUGGUGAAAGUCCACCUGGUCUUUAUGACAGUGGUGAAAGUCCACCUGGUCUUUAUGACAGUGGUGAAAGUCCACCUGGUCUUUAUGACAGUGGUGAAAGUCCAGCUGGUCUUUAUGACAGUGGUGAAAGUCCAGCUGGUCUUUAUGACAGUGGUGAAAGUCCAGCUGGUCUUUAUGACAGUGGUGAAAGUCCACCUGGUCUUUAUGACAGUGGUGAAAGUCCACCUGGUCUUUAUGACAGUGGUGAAAGUCCACCUGGUCUUUAUGACAGUGGCGAAAGUCCACCUGAUCUUUAUGACAGUGGUGAAAGUCCACCUGGUCUUUAUGACAGUGGUGAAAGUCCAGCUGGUCUUUAUGACAGUGGUGAAAGUCCACCUGGUCUUUAUGACAGUGGUGAAAGUCCAGCUGGUCUUUAUGACAGUGGUGAAAGUCCACCUGGUCUUUAUGACAGUGGUGAAAGUCCAGCUGGUCUUUAUGACAGUGGUGAAAGUCCAGCUGAUCUUUAUGACAGUGGUGAAAGUCCACCUGGUCUUUAUGACAGUGGUGAAAGUCCACCUGGUCUUUAUGACAGUGGUGAAAGUCCUGCUGGUCUUUAUGACAGUGGUGAAAGUCCAGCUGGUCUUUAUGACAGUGGUGAAAGUCCACCUGGUCUUUAUGACAGUGGUGAAAGUCCACCUGGUCUUUAUGACAGUGGCGAAAGUCCAGCUGGUCUUUAUGACAGUGGUGAAAGUCCACCUGGUCUUUAUGACAGUGGUGAAAGUCCACCUGGUCUUUAUGACAGUGGUGAAAGUCCACCUGGUCUUUAUGACAGUGGCGAAAGUCCAGCUGGUCUUUAUGACAGUGGCGAAAGUCCAGCUGGUCUUUAUGACAGUGGUGAAAGUCCAGCUGGUCUUUAUGACAGUGGUGAAAGUCCAGCUGGUCUUUAUGACAGUGGUGAAAGUCCACCUGGUCUUUAUGACAGUGGUGAAAGUCCACCUGGUCUUUAUGACAGUGGUGAAAGUCCACCUGGUCUUUAUGACAGUGGUGAAAGUCCACCUGGUCUUUAUGACAGUGGUGAAAGUCCACCUGGUCUUUAUGACAGUGGUGAAAGUCCACCUGGUCUUUAUGACAGUGGUGAAAGUCCAGCUGGUCUUUAUGACAGUGGUGAAAGUCCAGCUGGUCUUUAUGACAGUGGUGAAAGUCCACCUGGUCUUUAUGACAGUGGUGAAAGUCCAGCUGGUCUUUAUGACAGUGGUGAAAGUCCAGCUGGUCUUUAUGACAGUGGUGAAAGUCCACCUGGUCUUUAUGAGAGUGGUGAAAGUCCACCUGGUCUUUAUGACAGUGGUGAAAGUCCAGCUGGUCUUUAUGACAGUGGUGAAAGUCCACCUGGUCUUUAUGACAGUGGUGAAAGUCCACCUGGUCUUUAUGAGAGUGGUGAAAGUCCACCUGGUCUUUAUGACAGUGGUGAAAGUCCAGCUGGUCUUUAUGACAGUGGUGAAAGUCCAGCUGGUCUUUAUGACAGUGGUGAAAGUCCAGCUGGUCUUUAUGACAGUGGUGAAAGUCUGUCACCACUGUGUUUAGAGGCAAGGGGCCCAGCCCGUCAGCCCUUUUAA